AAACGAAACCUGUUCUAAGUGCAGCCAGGAUGUAGUGAGGAGCCAUAAUCAAAACUUAGCAGACGUUCUCGGCUACCGAGUUUGAGUUUAAGUGUUUCUAAUCUCGAGAAACCGGACCAUUUUGCAUUCAACAUUGAGUACCUCUGAUUUAUUUUCUGAAACGUUUUUUGGAGAGCUAAUUAAACGUGGAACGUUCCCUUUUCUCACCUUUUCUCUUAAUUUUUGAAGUGGUGGUGGGAUCUUUUAGAAGUAAACCAUAAAGCUUUUCAUAUAACAAGACCAUAAAGUCUGCAUCACGGUGUCUUCGCAUCCUUCCCAGCCUCGUCGAAGUCCACAGUGAAAUGGAUGUUCUCAGGACGCUCCCAAAGACAGGCAGCGAUGCCUCUGCAGGGGGCCCAACAAUGUCUCUGUAUUGCGGAGCAGUUUGCAGGAGGAAAUCUUUUUGGUGCUGUAGGCUGCUGUCAACGUAUGUCACCAAGACGCGAUACUUAUUUGAACUGAAGGAGGAUGAUGAGGCCUGCAGGAAGGCUCAGCAGACCGGAGUGUUUUACCUCUUUCAUGAUCUGGCUCCUUUGCUGCGGCAGGCAUCGGGACAUCGAUAUCUGGUCCCUCGGCUUAGCCGAGCAGAGUUGGAAGGGCUGCUGGGUAAGUUUAGACAGGACUCACAAAGAAUAGAAGACUCAGUGUUGAUUGGAUGCUCCAACCAGCAUGAAGCGUGGUUUGCUUUGGAUCUGGGUCUGAAGAGCACAUCCUCCAUCCACGCCCCCUUGCCAAAAUCUGAAAUGGAGGCAGAGCUCAGAGGUUCUUUCAUCGCACUGAGGCAGGCUGUUUUUCAGCUGAACUUGAUGGAUUCCUCCUUGCUGUUCACGGCUCAGGCUCUUCUCCGCUGGCACGACAGCCAUCAGUUCUGCAGCAGAAGCGGGCAGCCUACUAAGAAGAACAUGGCCGGUAGCAAGCGAGUGUGCCCUUCCAAUAAGAUCAUCUACUAUCCACAGAUGGCCCCUGUGGUGAUCACGCUGGUGACGGACGGGGCCCGGUGCCUCCUCGCCCGCCAGAGCUCCUUCCCCAAAGGGUUGUACUCUGCCCUGGCAGGCUUCUGUGAUAUAGGUGAAAGUGUGGAAGAGGCCGUCCAGCGGGAAGUUGCAGAAGAGGUGGGCCUGGAAGUGGAGAACCUGCGGUACUCCGCGUCCCAGCACUGGCCCUUUCCCAACAGCUCACUCAUGAUUGCGUGUCAUGCAACCGUGAAACCAGGGCAGACGGAGAUCCAGGUGAACCGGAGAGAGCUAGAAGCAGCUGCCUGGUUCAGUCUUGACGAGGUGGCCACAGCCCUCAAGAGAAAGGGCUUCUUUAGUCAGCAGCAGCAGAGUGACACUGUCCCAUUGAUGCUGCCGCCCAAGUUAGCCAUUGCCCACCACAUGAUUAAGAGCUGGGUGGAAACACAGACCUGUUCUUCCCUGGCUGCUUAGCUCCAAUCAAGCUGUCUAGACCCCUCCCCGGCGUUGCUGAAGGGCAUGCCAGAGAUCUGCCACAAGAGGAGGUGGCAAAGCCAGCUCCAGGGCAGUCUCCUAAGGCAGAGGCGCUCUGGGAAGUUCCUGUCGCCAAAAGAGGUUCCCAGUACCGGACCACCAAAAAUGUCAGUGUUACCGGAUAGAGCAGCUUGUCCUAGCUACUUUGGAGGCUGAGGCAAGAGCAUCACUUUCUCCCAGGACAACGUGGGAAACACAUCGAGACUCUGUCUCUUUGACAAAACAAAACAAAAACUCUAAGGAAAAAAGUUGAUUGAUGAGAUGCUAACCACGAAACGCCGAGGGGAAAGUGCUGAUUCGUGUGGACGGAGGCCAUUUCUCCAAGGCUGUAGGAGCAAACAUCUUCUGGCACCUGGCCCAUGGAUGCUGCAUUUACAGGAACUGCCAAAUGUGCCUGGAGUAAUUUAUCUUAGUGUCUACACUAUUAACAAAUCUCAUUUCAUACUUAUCAUUAUCAUUUCAUUUCAUUUAUCAUUUCAUACAACCUAACAAACCUUUUUUGUGACAAACCUAACAAACAAACCUUUUUUUAAAUUUUUUUUUAUUUUUUAUUUUUGAAACAAACAAACAAACAAACAAACCUAACUCACAUUUGAGUUGCUUCUGUCCUCAAAGAAAAAUAGCAUAGUAUUAUAUUUUUGAAAUUGUGUGUAGGUGUAUUCUUUUUUAAAUUUUAUUAUUAUAAGUGUUUGCCUGCAUGUCUGUCUUUGCACAGCAUGCAUGCCUAGUUCCUGUGGAGGCCAGAAGAGGGCGUCGGAUCCCCUGGAACUGGAGUUACAGACUGUGGUGAGCUGCCGUGUGGGUGCUGGGACUCAAACUUGGGUCUUCUGGAAGACAGCCACUAUAGGUAUCUUCUUAUAUGUGGUAGUUAAAGUUGACUGUUUAGUAGUUGUUGCUAGAGCUUGAACCCAGGGCCUUAUACAUGGCAGGCAACUGCUGUACCAUGGAGGCACAUCCUCAGCUCCAAAAUUAUGGUUUUGUUUUUGUUUUUAAGCUCUGAAGGGCCGAGGAAAGUGGGAGCAAAGGUCUUCCUCAGCAUACUCUACAGAGGCAGUGGUUUUUGAAGUAGCUAAAUUCCAGAGGGGCUGGAGAUGAUUCAAAAGACUAAGUUGUCAUUCUGGCUCUUUCACUUGCUCAGUUUGUGACCAGGGAAGAGACUAAACAUAAAGCAGUACUGGUCUGCACACCCAGAGAGUGCUGCUUCAACUAAGGGAACGUCGAGGCUAAGCAAACACCAGGCCUGAAGCUGGAGUCACACACGCCCCGUCCACGGUGCUAGAGGCUGAACUCUCACACCAAGGCAAGCCUGUCACUGAGCUGUACCCCGGCCCCUGUGUCCUCUGUGUCUUGUAAGAAAGAAGACCCUGGAGGAAAUCAAUUUUCAUGCCUUUAUUCAGACUUAUUUUUUUUUUCUGUUCUAUGGCUCAAAUUUUAGAAAAUGAAAAUGGGUGGGGACGGGAAAGCUCUUGGUGUGACGGUAAGAUGUGUAAGUCUCGAGGCCCAGGCUGUGGCACAGCUGGGAAAUGUGCAGAAGACACCAUCAGAGGGACGGUUGGAAAGAGUGGCCGGGGCAAUCCUAGCUUCAGAUACCUGCACUGACUGAAGACUAGAAGACAAAAGACCCCAACAGCCCUAAGCUUACCCACACAUUAGUGAAGCGUUUAUCUAAGUAUUCUUUGUCAAAAAAAACAAAACAAAAAAAAAAAAAAACAGGAGUAAGAUAUCUCG